AUGGAAGUAAAUCAAGUGCUUGAGCUAUACCCAGAAUAUUCUAUCUCAGUGACAUUGUUUGAUAAUGUUUCCAACAUGUCAGAACUCAGAGAAAUGCUCGUUAAGGGAAAACUGGAAGCAGCAUUAGUCAAUGCUACCAUGGUAUGCUAGUCAAACAUAGUUUCACUUUAAUACUUUUUGAUUGUGCAAACACCACAUACAUUUAUUACUGCAAAGCUUUCAAUCCAUAAGCCUGAAUCGUCAUCAGUGCUAAUCAUAUGACAUAUUAUUAGCACUGAUGAAGAUCUGGGGAUCCGGGCUUAUGGAUCGAAAGCUUUGCAGUAAUAAAUUUACCUAGUGUUUCCACAAACAAAAAGUAGUAUAUGUUUUAUCGGCAUGCAAUCCUACAAAGAAUUUAGUUUCACUUUGCUUUGUAAGGCAUUGAGUCAUGUCACUACCAUUACAUAUAUAUUAAAAAGUUAUGUCUAUUACUGAACAUAUAUAUUAAAAACUGAAAAUUCCUAUUUCUAAAGGUUCCAGAUAUAUUCGCUGUGUUUCUGGCAGCCAACAAGGCUGUACAUCUCAGUGAAAGUAGCAAGACAAAAACAAGAAAUGUUUACUCAGAAAUUCUCUUCAAUCUGUCACCUUCAAACAAU